AGCCACUCACAGAACUGGAGUCAAAUCUAAAAGCCUUACAACACCACCAGAGAAACAACACGACUGAGGAGCAAAACAAAACCACAAAAGCCACUGAAAAUGUUGUGCCUGCAUGGAUUCCAGCCUUCCCUCAGCUCAUUCAUGGGAACUGACUGGCCAGUGCGCAGUCUCUGGCAGGAGAUCACACCUCUUUACAGACACGCAGAGGUACUGCAGGAGCUGAAGAGCAGCCUGGAGCAGCUGGAGAAACUUCAGCACAAGAUCUUUGAGGAGAUCCAGCAGAUGCCACGCUCACAGGAGAUCUACCCAGUCGCCUGCGCAAUGGAGAAAGAGGGAAGCGGCUUUGCUUUGACGCUGGACACUAAAGACUUUUCCCCAGAAGAGCUGUCGGGCAGACAGGUGGGCGGGAAGCUGCAUGUCAGCGGAAAGAGCGAGAAGAAGCAGGAGGAUGGGAAAGGCUCGUACUCUUACAGAAUCCAAGAGUUCAGACGAGUGUUUGAUCUGCCUCAAGGAGUGAAUCCUGACGCGGUGACCUGCUCCAUGGCUGAUGGAAAGCUCUACAUACAGGCACCAGUAAAUCAGCCAUCUGAAGCAGCUGAGAGGAUGCUGCCCAUUAACUGUCAAACUGUGAAGACAACGCAGCCAGAGACAGACGAGACACAACACGACGCCAGCGCAGCACAGAAGACACUCGACAAUCCUGAAAGCACUGAAUACAGAGUACAACCUUCUGCUGGACAAUCUUAAACAAUCAUGUUUUAUUUUAAUUUAAAGAUUGUGUCCUAGUUAAUUGUUUUCUACAUGAACAAAAAGAUGGAUUUUUUAAUAUAUAUUCUUAAUUGAAUUAAAUAAAAAAUAAGUAGUGCAUAAAAUAA